AUGGUUGGAGUGUCGGCAAGUGGCUUGUUUUGCUUGUCGGAGACAACGGUGACAGCAACCCCGUUUACAUCUGUGGCUCGAGAUGACGAUGGUUACUCGGCCCUGCUGGCGGCCGACUUUUUCGGAUCGGGCUACAAGUCGAUGGUCUAUGCCGCCAACGGUGAGAUCCGUUGGGUGCCGAACACCGGGAGUGGGCCAGACGACUUUGGCUCGUCGUUUCCCGUCAUGACGCUUCCAGUGGAGACCAACUUUGAGAACCGGGUGAAGCUCAUGUUUGCGGUCGAUGUGGAUCUUGACGGGGACCUCGACAUAGUGGUUGUGCAUGAGGCGAUUGGCGUACGGUGGGCAAACAACACAGUCAUAGACACCAGCGGUGUCUUCUCACCGGCGGGCACCAUCCAUUCGUUGUUCUCGGAGGAUAGUCCUGUGGCGCAGAUGGCCGAUGCCAACAACGACGGCCGGCCCGAUAUGCUCCUCUCUUACGGCUCGAUAAUCAAGGUUCUCACUCAUCCGGGUGCCGAGCUCGUCAACGAGCUUGGGAUACUCUGGCCGGAGACUGUGCUGACACCUGUGGCGAGCGCGCGGACUGCAGCGCUCGUCGAUUGGGACAAGGAUGGCGUACUUGACGUGUUGUACGCUGCGGAUGGCCAUGGCAUCCGCUGGUUCCGGGCCACCAGCCCGGGCGUGUACGUCGGUUCCUCGACGAGCCUGUUGACUGUUGUCCAGCAAGUCGCUGUCAGUCAUGUGGCGGACAUCAAUGCUGACGGGAGUGAUGACCUUCUGUAUGCGACCACGGGCUCGAUUCUGAGCCUGACAAGCGGAGGGCCGGCGUCGGCAUCACAACUGGCCUCUGUUUUCUAUGUGUAUCAGAUGGAGACUGGGUCUGUUUCGGGCGAUGGUGAUCUGGUUGACAUCAUUGUGUCGACGACCACGAGCGUGGGCUUUGUGCCUGCGCUUGCGCCAGGUGUUUAUGGCACGUUUGUAGAAAUCGGCCGACCGGCUUCGAGUGGGGGCCCAAUUGUGUUCGCAGCGUACGCGUUUGACUUUGUGACUGGGCCGGGGAUUUCGUUUGUAGCAGCGACGAUGGCCAACUCGACCGACAACUUGGCGAUGUACCUGCGCGAGGACUCGGGGUCGUUCACGGUGCCCGUAGUGCGCGACUCGACGCCACGGGCGUGCUUGACUGUGGUGGUGGCCGACUUUGAUGGCGAUCUUUCGGCCGACAUUGCGCUCGGAUGCACCGACGGUUUCGUGCUGUGGUAUCCAAACACCGACAUGAGCGGGCAGUUUUAUGCGAGGCAAGUUGUGACAUCAUCAUUGGUGACGGCGGCCAUAGCAGCGACCGACAUCGACCACGACGGCGACCGCGACCUUGUCCUGCUCUCAUUCGACAGCCUCUAUGUCUCGAUCAACAGCAACGGAGCCGGCAUGUUUUUGGCACCGUCAGCAGCGUUCAACGAUGUUGGAAUGGGGGUGCACAUGGAAAUGGAAGAUGUGAACGGCGAUGGCGCGAUCGACGCUGUGGUCUUGGACGGAUCCUCUGACAAAAUCUAUAUCUACUGGGGCACGACAGCGGCGCCGUACUUUACGGCCCGGACCGAAGUGCCGCUACCGGCGUCGUCGGUGAGCAUGUUUGGCCUCGGCGACAUGAGCGGUGACGGGCGGGUUGAUCUUGCGUUCUCGCACGUCAAUGGCCUGACGUAUCUCCCAGGUGUGGCGACGUCGCCGUACUUUUCUACGGGCAGUGCAGUUGCGAUCCUCUCGACGGUCGGGUACUUGGGCAACCAGCUCGUGAUUGCCGAUUUCGACGGCGAUGGAUACGGCGACCUGGCUGUGGCAGCGCGGAACUAUAGGGCGCGUGUGUUUACCAAUCCCGGCGCGACACCGUCACCGGCGCCGUGGGGUGGACCCAAUCUUUCAACCGGCACCGACUCGAGCUCGGUGGCGGUGGCUGAUUUUGACGGCGACGGCGACCUUGAUGCGAUCACAAUCAUCGAUGAGACGGAGACGGCCAUCGAUUGGGCGCGCACGUUUGGCACCGCCACUCACCUGCGCCGCAACGGGUACACGCUUGGCGUUCCUAAGCGGCGGAACCUUGAUCUGAGCAAGAGCGAGUGCAAAGUGCAGGGCAACACGUCGCUGGCCUGCGUGGAGGCGUCACUGGCGGGCUUGGCACGGUGCACGACAGACACGCUCCUCCUCCCAGCCGGGCGCUACACCGGGUGCCGGCGCGACCGUGGGCUCAAGAUCACGCGGCCGAUUCGGAUCGAGCCUGCUGAAAGUGCGCCUGCGCGAGUGGUUCUCGACUGCGAGGACUCGGGCGUGCUGUACAGCAUGGAAGUGCUCGAGACGGACUCGUUUGCCGUAGGCCAGCUCGACUUGGCGCGAGUCGACGUGCGGCGGACCAGGAGUGCGACGCAUUCAUUGGUGGGUGGCCAAGGGCUACGUGCCUCGGGGGCAAAUACUCGCAUUCUGCUUCAUGACUCGUCGAUCUCAGGCUCACAAGCGGCGGCGAUGACGACGAUGACGGCUGAUGAGGGGCGCGGUGGCUGCGUGGCCAUUUCCAGCGGCGGGCGGCUCGAGGCCAGCGGUUCGACAAUUGGACCGUGCACGGCAAUUGACUACGGUGGCGGGGUCUUUGUCCGCGAUCCGACGAGCUCGGUGGUGCUUGAUGGCUGCCAGCUGGUGGGCUCUAGCGCCGGGCGAAGUGGUGGCGGAGUGUACGCGAGCGCCGGAGCUGCGGUAACUCUCAUCUCGACCAACGUGACGAACAACCAUGCCAUGGCGGGCUCUGGCGGCGGGAUGUAUGUCGACGCGGCAUCGUCUCUGCAGACGACAGACUCAUGGGUCGAGGGCAACGAGGCUUCGGCCGGCGGCGGUGGGAUUUUCAUUGAGCUGCCGAGCAGCGACGAAGAUAGUGCUGGCGUCUCGAGAGUGGCAUCGAGUGUGGUUGGCAGCAACACGGCGCGUUUUGGCGGCGGAAUGGCUCUGUUCUCGCGCAGCGGCGCAGAGGCGGCAGCGCUCGCGCCGGCGUCUUGGGCGUACCCUGUGCCGGGCGCCGGAGUGGUGGGCAACGUGACGCUGGAGAGCGUGGCGUUUGUGGGCAACUCUGCGCGGCAUUAUGGCGGAGGCAUGGCGAGCUGCCACCACAGUUCAGCGGUGCAAGUUGUGAAGAGCGGGAGCUGGAGCGGCAACCUGGCGUCGAGCUCGCGGGCGGCGCCUGCGCAGGAUCUGUUUGUGUGCAACAAGUCUGUGGUGGAGAUGCUGCCGAGCGGGUUGGGAGCUGGGAUCUCGUGGCACGGGCCGCUGCAGCGGCUGGAGUGGGUGGAGAGAGCAUCGACGGAGUUUGCGUCGGGUCUCCGGCCAAGCGCAAAGAUCCGUGGGCUGGGCACGCUCAAUCAUGUCCAUGCGGACGGAUUGGUGCGAAUUGAGGUGAGCUACACGGCGGCGACGGAUGCGAUUCGGACAAACGCUGUGGUGCAGACGACGUUGGCUGCUGCAGAUGUGGACUUGCCGCAGACGGUUGUGGCUGUGGUGACGCCUGCGCUGGAUUCGGUGCCGCUUCCUGUUGGGCUCUCUGUGGGCGUGGCGUCAUCGGCCAACGUUGCGCAGCUGAGAGCGACGUCUGUAGUGACGGCCUGUCCUGCCGAGUUUGGUGCAGUGGACGCAGUUGUGGGCGGCGAGGCGAGCAAGGUUUGCAUUCGGUGCGCGGAUGGCACGUUUUCGACGGAGUUGUCGUUUGCGGCGUGCAAGCCUGUGAAGCCGUGUCCCGACACAGCAGUGGAUGUGGCACCGAGCGGGACGACUGCGGUGGAGUGCGUGUGCCGGGCCGGGUUCAUGUACGCCGGGCGGUCGGUUGUGGAUCCGCUUGUGGACGACAUUGUGUGUGUGCCGUGUCCUGCGGGCGGUAAGUGCUUGGGCGGCAACGGGCGACCCGAACCGCUGCCCGAGUUUUUCGCUACGGGCAACGCGUCGUUUGUGCGAUGCAAGCGGCCGUCCGCGUGUCCCGGCGGGGUUGCGCGGGCGUGUGCGGUCGGACAUGACGGGUACAUGUGCAACGUGUGCAAGAAGGGGUACUACUCGAACUCUGCGCGCGAGUGUGUGGCGUGUCCGUCGGGCGCGUCGGGCAUUCUCUCGGGCGGGCUGGUGGUCCUGCUUGCGGCGGUUGCGGCAGUGGCGGUCGGUGUUGGACUCUCUGUGGCCAAGUCGCGGGAGAUGGUUGGAGGCGGGGCGGCGAUGGGCGGGGCGGGCGGCGACAUCGAGGGCGGAGGAGGCGAGGUCGAAGCCAAAGAGGCGUCCGAGACAGAGAAGGCCAAGGCUGCGCUUCCGCGGACGGAGCGACUGCGUAUGCGGAGCGUGCCGCCGUCGAUCUCGAUGGUCCUGGUUGUGUUCCAGGUCAUCGGGCUGCUUGCGGACGUGCCGUUUGCGUGGUCGUCGUCUGCCGAGUCAACGAUGGGGACGUUCAACGUGGCCAACAUCGACGUCAACUUGUUUGCGUCCGAGUGUGCGCUGGAGAACUUCCAGACCAAGUACGUGGUGAGUGUACUGUUGCCGCUCGGGCUGAUGUGUGUGGCGUGCGGCGGCGUGAUCCUGCUGCGUGGGCUGGUGAAGGGCGGGUGGAUGCCUGGCGGGUUUGCAGCGCUGGGCGAGGCAAGCAUCAAGACGGUGCUUGACGCGGCGGUGUUUGCGGUUGCACCUCUGCUGUACAUUCCGCUUGCGCGGGCGACGUUUGUGCUCUUUGACUGCACGCGCUUGCCGAAUGGGACGAUUGUGCUCGAUGUCGAUCCAGGCGUGGAGUGCUUUGACAGCACGUGGUGGGGCGUGGCGCCCGUGGGCUUCUUGGGCCUCGGGUUGUUUGUGAUGGGCGUACCGGGCUACUUUCUGGUGUGCCUGAUGUCGCACGCGGACGAUUUGCUUAAUCCGAGCACGUUUGCGCGGUACGGCGGGCUGUACAAGCUCUACCGUGUCUCGCACUAUUGGGGUGGGGUGGUUGAUCUCGGCAAGCGUCUUGUCGUGGUGGCUGUGGCUACGUUUGCCUCUGAGCACCAGCUGGUGCUCAUCGGCGUGCUCAUGGCGGUGUUUUUGGCCUCGAUGCUCUGGGUCUCGUCGGCGGCGCCGUUCUACUUUCCGCUGUACAACAAGCUCGACAUGCGGCUGACGCUCGUUCUGGUGGCGAUCCUCGUGCUCGGCGGAGCGUCGUACGCGGAGCGGCACACGGGGAGCUCGCAGUCAGACCAGGUCAUUCUCGGCGUGCUGGUGGCGACGCUCGUGGUACUCGCGGUGGUGGCGGUCCAUGCAGUGGCAACAGACCUGAUGCAGAUCCGCAAGGCGCGCAAGGCGCGGUACUCGGCGUUUGGCGAGCGGCAGCAGCGGAUGGUAGCACAGCUGAAGCGGGAGGCACUCGAAGCCACCGGCGAGGAGAGCGUGGCGAUCGACGCGGCGCUCACAGCGCUCCGGCAACGGCAGCAUGCCGGAUGGAGCCCAUCCGCAUCGCGGAUCGAGCCUGCAUUCAAGCCAGCGGUCGUGUUGGAUGGCGACGCGGCAGCAUCGGGCUCGAGCCCAUCGCCGGUGAGAGCAUGGGCAUGCUGAAUGGGUCCGACUCGGCUACGUCGAGUCACUCGACGAGCUCGAGUUAAGUGAACGAAAGAUCGAUAGUCGA